GGGGGAGAAUACAGAUUAUAAAGAGAGGUAGUAGCCGCAUAUGCAGAUGGAAAGGGUAAGUGGUAAUAUUUGCAUAUAUGUCCGAACAGGCGUAUGCAAUGCAGCCAUUGGGGCAGCAUUUGGUUCGUGGCCUGAACCGCCGAGACGAAACCGGGAGGGAGGGGCAUCUGCUCCGCUCGCCCCUCCUGCUCCUGCUCCUCUUCUUCUUCUGCUUGUCAUUGUUGUCGUUGUUGUUGUUAUUGUUGUUUCUUUUCUCUUCUUGGUGCAGCAGCUGCUGUCUCCACCAUAUGACCAAACGCAGCCAGAUGUCCGUCAUGAGUUCGUCAGGACGCCUUUGCGUUAUCUCGGUUCGAAACCAGCCCCUCCUUUUUGCACCACCACCGGUCAGGCAAUCUCCUCGCCUGCCCUCGAGGCUGGGGGACCAAGGGGUGAAACCGUCGUACGGACCUUGCCAUCUCGUACUACCGGCUGCAAAUGCAAAUGAAAGCGGCGCGGGGUCUGGUGGGGUCUGGGUGAGCCGGGGGGCCGCGCUCCGGCGUGGCGCGAGUGGAAUACGGGUUGACGGCCCUACUAACGGUUUCACAACAAUGAUUGUGCUACCAAACAGGCAUCCAUAUACCCGCUCGUGGCUUGACUCGACCAGGCGAUGCUGCGAGGCGGCAUUCUCCCAAGACCGAACGAACGGUUGCUCACUCAGCUGCCCUCGGCAAAGGCGACUUCGGGCGGGAUGCGGAAGCUGGCGCAGAACAUGCGCUUCUUCGGGGCCACGUCCCGCACGUUGUAGAUGUCCACCUCUCCGUACUUGUCUGCGUCUCCGACCUUGAACCGGACGCCGAUCUCGGCGUGGAGGCGUUCGAGGAUGUCGUUCAGCGGCACUUCGUCGUCGCUCUUGAGGGCGAAGCAGUGUACGUGGACCAUCGGGAGCUUGGUCGACGUGUGCGGCUCAAAGAGCUUCUCGUGCCCGCGGUAGAUGCCUUUGUAGUGGUUGACGAACGUGUAAGCCGAAGCGGGUAGGUUCAUGACGAAGUGUGAGAUGGUAGGCGGGAUCGGGAUGCGCUUCGGCUCGGGAGCCGGGUUCUGAGGCUUGCUCCUGGACUGCUUGGCCUUGAUCACGGCGCCUUCUCCCCGACUUGAGGCGUCGUAGACCUGAUGGACGGCCUCUUGAAUGAACUUGCGGCCGUCCAUGUUGUACGGGCGGACGUAUUGCGAGACCUGGUGUGUUAGCAUCGCAGGGCGACCUUUGGCAUGUUCCCGCAAACUCACCUUGUUCCUCUCGACCGCAGCGGUGAGAUACUUGUAGCUCUCCGGGUUCAUGUCGUUGGCGAAGACAAACACACCCUUCUUUCCAGCUGGGACGGCGAACGGUCCGAUGCCUGCCAUGACGUCGGCAACGACCUCGCCGGGCUUGAACUUGCUGAUGAGCCUUGUGUGUUCCGGCUCCAGCUUGCUGUUCCAGUACACCUUGGCAUAGUCGAAUUGGAAGACGCAGUCGUUCUCCUUGACCUCGACGUUCAGGUCGUCGGGCCCACAGAGAACCUCGUACGCGAACGUCCUGAAGACGGAUUCGUUGCCGACAUCGUCGAUCUUGUUGAUGACCGUGCGGAUCUUGGGGUUCUUGUCCAGAAUGACCUCGGCGAUGAUCUUCUUGUACGGGAGGUACGGGUCCUUCAGGUUGAGAUGCGCUGCGGCGGUUAGUGGAUGCACUUCCAGCAAUGGCCAUGCUGCAACCUACCGACAUGACCGGCGGUGUUGAAGCCAACGGGAAUCUCCACGUGGAGCUCCUCCGGCAGUAUGGAUGUCAUCACGUCAACUUGGAUGAUGGACCAGUAGUCAUAGUCGAGUUCCAAGUCGUAAGGUACAACGUCCAGCUCACCGGUCUUGACGCCCUCUUGAAAGAUGGGGCCCCAUGUCGUCGGCGCUGGAAGUCGGUGUUAGUCACAGACCCCAAACCCCGCGCCAGGAGAACGAACGAACACACCAUCGGCUUUGAUGCCCGGGCGCAGCAGGAGACACUUCAGGCCAGGGGCCUUGGGAUCGUUCCUGCAAGAGUCCAAACGAUCGAGUCGCAGAAGCUCCUUGGACUUCUCCAGCUGCUUGCGGUACUUGGAGAUGUUGCGUGGGUCCUUGACCGUAGCGGCGGCAAGCUCCAACUUCUUGGAGAAGAGCGACCGGUCCAGGAUGGUGGCAGCGCGCGCAAGAGGCGCCCGCAGGUUAAUCAUAUCGGAUUCUUGGCUCUGCCCGGGUCAUCAGAGUUAUACCCAAGAAGAACGUACGGCCGCCGUACAGGGGUCUUGACUUACCGCCAUGUUUGAAGAGUCGGUGAUCGGGUACAGUCAUGGAGGGGCAAGGCUGAAGGAAAACUCCAUUUAGCGUGGCAGGGAUCUAGAAGUGGCGCAUCCACGAGGCUGCGCCACACACGUCGUUUGCUGAGCUAGCGCCGUCUGGGAGCUCGAACGCCACAGGGUGAUGUCACUGAAGCCACAUCGUGUAAACGUCAUCGAUGAUUGGUUGGCGGCUCUCUUGGGGGACUCUCGAGCUGUAGCUCUCUCAUCUUGACACGGAUUGGGCUUGAGAGGAACGAAAUCAUCCUGACCUCUCGUGAACACCCUUUUGCAGAGUUUGAGGAGCGGCAACCCGACAGUUCGAUCACAUUACUCCAAUCACAUGGUAGUUUAAUGGUCUUUAUACGUAGCGAUUACUCAACGGUCCCCGGCUCAUCCAAGCUUGUCCCACACUAGCUCAACACACCAGCUGUUCAAGGCUUUACAGCACACCAUGUCUAAAAAGCGAACCCUGGACGCGUUUUUCGCACCAUCCGUGAAGAAGUCGCGUCAAGACGAGCCGGGCGAGGUCGUCCGGCGCUCCAACCAUGCCAACUACCCCAUCGCCAUCUCGGAGCUGCCGUCCAGCAUCAGCAAAGAGCUCUCGUCGCUCCCGGCCCGUCCGGGGAGGGACGUCAAUGACCAGCCCGACCUAGACCUCGUCUACUUUGAGCCGUACGUCCCCUCGUACCUUGCCAAAGAGCUGUUUGAGUUCCUGCGUGCCGAGCUGCCGUUCUACCGGGUCGAGUACGACAUUACCAGGGGCGGCUACCAGACCCAUAUCCGGACGCCGAGGUACACCACAGUCUUCGGUCUGGACGAGACGGCCCGGUUCGACGAAGACGGCUCGGUCGUGGACGUCAGGUCCGGCUUCAAGGUGGACGACAAGCGGUACGAGCGGUACCCGCCCCGGCCGAUCCCCAAGUGUCUUGACGACCUCCGCCGCUCGACCGAGGCCGCGACGGACUGCCGGUUCAACUUCUGCCUCGUCAACUACUACGCCUCGGGCACCGACAGCAUCUCGUUCCACAGCGACGACGAGAAGUUCCUGGGCCCGGACCCGACCAUCGCUUCCUUCUCCCUCGGCGCGCGGAGGGAUUUCCUCAUGAAGCACAAGCCGAUCCCCCCGGAUGACCAGAACCCGCACGGGCCGCAGCCUAAGCAGCUUAAGCUACCCUUGGCCAGCGGCGACAUGAUCCUCAUGCGCGGGCGCACGCAGUCCAACUGGCUGCAUUCGAUACCUAAGCGGACCGGGAAGAACGCGGAAGACGGUGGGCGUAUCAACAUCACGUUCAGGAAGGCCAUGGUGAAGGACGGAACUGAAAAUUACUACAACUACAAUGUCGGGACCGGGCCUGUCUAUCGGUGGGAUAAAACGAUGCGGGAAAUGCGGGUAGCUUCCGCCAAAGACCAGCUCGAGGGGAAACCAUGAAACUCUCCUAGGGUAUACGCGACCUCAACAUCAUUUUUUUUUCUCUUUUCUUAUUUGCCUUUGCGGAACUGCGCAUUGGCGUAGUUGUUUAGCGCUCUCAAAAAGACCUGGUAUCCGACGCCCUGGUUGUCCGGCAGGCAGAAGAUCUCGGUCAGCCGGAUAGGCCAGGGCGGGUAGCCAUCCAGAUCGACGUAGGGAGCGAAGGAGAUGAGCAAGUCGGGCUCAGGCAUGAUGCCUUCAGACAGCUCCGCAUCAAUCAGAUCAGUGCUGAUGUCACGGGGGUGGAGCUUGCCCUUCUGGGACAUCUCGGCCAGGGUGCGGGUGAGAUCGACCAUGGAGUCCCGGCCGUCCUCGGCGGAGAUGAAGAGAACCUUGAGGUGACGAGGAUCGUCGCGCACGAAGUCACCAUGGGCUGGGGAUUCGAGAACCUCGUCAGCGUGGGGCAUGGCCACGGUAAGGGCCGGCUGGUGUCUGCCGAAAUAGGAUCGAGACUUCUGAAUGAUGGACUGCUGGAGGUGAGGGAGGUAGUGCUUGAGGAGGCCUAGGGCAGAUGUUAGGCAUGAUAACCCAAUUGGUUUCCAAGGGAGUGAAGCGUACCUGUUCGCUCGUACACCGUCAAGACGGGGAUCUUUGCGCAGACGCACCACACGGCAACCUCGGCCGCCUCAGCAACCAGUCUCUCCAGUUCGGCGCCGUGUCUGCCGCCCGCUUCCCGCUUCAAGAUAACACUGAGGUGCUUCGGCUUCCUCUUCAAGGCAACGACAUCGCGCUCAAUGUAUUCCGGUGUCCGGUGGUGGUAGAACAAGAUGGAGGAUACGUGGUAGCACACCAGGUGCCAUGCCUGUCGUAUCCUGAUGUACAGGGAGAAGAAGGCGUGCAGGAUCAUGUAAACGGCGAGAUGCAGCUUCGAACGAAGGGCGCGGCGCAGGCCAAACCUGCCCUUAGGGGGGAUGUCAUCGUCGCGCCACUGGCGUUGCGUGUCUUCGGGUGGACCGUCUGGGAGGUGUUCCUGGAGGGGUAGAGCUAUUAGCUGGUGAUGGCCCGGUAGGCAGAAAAGGAUACAACGAAGGAAGACCAUACCGCGAGCAGUUUUCUCUUCUCUUCCUCCUUGAGGUUCACCACAUCGUCGGUUCUCAAGACCUUGCGGUCCUUCGUGUUGGGCAUCUCGGUGGGGAGGCUGGUGGGUUGACGACGCGAGCAGUGAUGUUUGUGUGUAUGUGUGUAUGUGAGAAGCUGCAGGUGGGAUGCUGGAAAUUUGUUGAGCAGAGGGAGGAAAAGUUCGAUGCGACAGCUGACGAGCGGGACAGCUAGCUAUGCGCUGGACGAGAUAUAUGAAAGGAUGAAAUGGGUCUACGAGGUUACGCGGCGAGAGCUCGCAGUUUGCCGGUUUGUUCUUGGCGGGAUGGGAUGACGACGUCUUGGGCGAGGAAACCUGUCGAAAGUCGGUCUUGUCGCCCAGAGUCCGGGUCGGCAGCUGCCAUAUGGACUUUGGAGUUCCAUGAGUGCGACGCGGUAAUACGACAUUGGUUGGGCUGGUGGAUUCCUAGUGGAUGCUGCGCCGCUACUUCCAGCAAAGCUGCCCGUGGCUGAGGGCUCAGCUGAGGUGUUCUUUCCCCCAAUCUUCCCGGUCGGUGGGGCAGAUGAGCGGUACGUACCCUGGCCCCUUUGGGAAAAGUCCAGGCACUCCAGCCACUCGCUGGCGGGCGCUGGCGGGGCGUUGGCAGCGGCCGGCACGUCUUCCGGAAGCUCCCUACCAAAAAAAAAAAAAGUUG